GCCAUUUUAUUGUAUUAUAGGAUGUAGCGUCAAAGAUCAUGGCUUUCUCCCAGCAAGGAUCACGCACGGUUUGUAUCCUCUCUGCAAAUGGAGCAAUCUGUAAUGUCACACUUCGCCAGCCGGCAACUUCUGGUGGCACCGUGACUUAUGAGGGCCGGUUUGAGAUAAUAUCUCUGUCAGGUUCAUUUUUACUUAUGGAAAAUGGUGGUACUCGCAGUAGGACUGGUGGUUUGAGUGUAUCAUUGGCAGGAUCGGAUGGUCGAGUCUUGGGUGGUGGAGUGGCUGGGAUGCUAAUGGCAGCGGGCCCUGUUCAGGUUGUGGUGGGAAGCUUUGUCGCCGAUGGUAAAAAGCAAAAGCCAGAACGCCAGCCUUCAUUAACACCAGCACCCCAGAUUGUAGGACUAGGGGCACCAGUCGCCACAGGUAGCCCCCCCUCUCAAGGGGCCUCAAGUGAGUCAUCUAGAGAGCCCGGAAGCCCCCUUAACCACAGUUCUGGAGCCUGCAACAACAAUGGCCAAUCAAUUCAGAGCUUGUCAACGUACGCAUCUAUGGGAUGGGGCACUCAUUCUGCAAACUCUCACUAAAAUGAUGCUGACGUGACUUUGCUGCCGCAAGCUAACUGUAUCAUGCGGUCUUAAUUUUAGUUCAUAGUUUACAUUGAAGGUGAAUAUCAUUGAGGUGCUAACCACGGGGGAAAUUCUUGAAGAGAUCAUCUUGGUCUUGGAUGGAUAUCAUCUUGGUCACUAGAUGCGAUUCAGCGUUCCUACAGAAUGGUUCACAGGGAGGAUCUGAAGUGGCUCUCUGCCUAAUAUUUUUCCAAUUUUGAGUUGCUGACACGUUCUCACCCUGGAGCUUGGACUGAAACAAGUCUCAUCUGUUCAAAGCCAAGAUAUGGUUACAUUACCACGUAGAUUUUCAGGAAAUUUGUUUUCCUUUUAUUAUCAAUUAUGAGAAGUUUGGCUGUUAAUUUUUAACCUCAAAAUGUAGCUUCCAGUUAUUCCUAUUUGAAGAUGAUUAUGAGUAUACUAGUUGAAUCUUCUGCAUC